AAUGCGUUGUACUGAGUGAAACACGUGGUUUGCCAGGUUAUAUAUCAUCAUUCGUUUUUACAAAGUACAAUCUUCUUUGAUUACCACGUGUUUUGUGUGAUUUUGAAAUAAUUAGUUAUAACUUUUCGGAGUAUAAUCGUGCACAAUGUUAAUUCAGAAAUUGUCGAAAUUCUGUGAGCGAAAUGAGAAGUAUAAAGAAAGAUUCUUUCCUUCUGAAGAAUUUCAUCAAAUCGAGCCUGACAGAAUUUUAGAAACAUUAUGCGAAUUUUUAAUGCAGCCAGAGUGCACAGAAGAUGUUGCUGACUGUUUUCCAGAAUUGUUACCAGCACUUGUUUCAAUGGCAAUAUCUACAGAUGACAUACAAUCGUCCGCACUAAUUGACAAAGAUAUUAUUCAUAUAUUGAAUUGUGUUAUACUAGGAAAACUGCUUCUAGUUAACCAGGAUUUAUUAAAAACAUUUGUUUUACGCUAUUUUGAUGUUAAUCCAGCACCAUUUGAAUUUAAUGACACAGAUAAUUCUUCUCUUGAAACUGUUACUGCAAAAAGACGAAAUACAAAGAAAUUAUCAUACAAUGUCUCUACAAUAUCUGAAUAUGACAUUGUAAUUGCAUGUUAUAAUAUUUUGCGGUCUGCUGUUAGCCAUUUUAAACACAAGUGGAAUUGGUCCAAAUUUUAUAAAUAUUUAACAAAUGCAGAUGAUAGAGUAAAAUGGACUGCCUUAAAAUGUCUAGCAAUAGUUUUGAACAUGUCUGAAUCAACAAGAUUGUUGUGCGCACAAAUAUUUGUACCAAAUUUUGACAAAUUUCUGACUGAUUAUGAAGACAAGAAGACGGACACUAGAAUUGCUUGUGCAAGCUUUGAGUCAAUGGAAGAUACAGUCAAAAAUAUCUCGUCUAUUAUAUCUAUCGGUGGCAUCUUGUUACCAACUCUUGGGAAGAAUCAAAGCUCCCAUAAUUUAGUUCCAGUCCCAUCCAUGAUGAAAAAUCUGCAAAGUUUGGCUAUGGCCAUUGGCUCCAAAAAAUGUAUUUGUUUGCAAGGACCAGUAGGCUGUGGUAAGACAGCUCUGGUAGAGUAUUUAGCCAAAGUCACUGGACACGAUAUGUCAAAUUUUGUCAAGGUGCAACUAGGCGAUCAGACUGACUCGAAGAUGCUACUGGGAAUGUACAGAUGUACUGAUGUGCCUGGUGAAUUCGUUUGGCAACCGGGUGUUCUCACGCAAGCGGUUGUUGCCGGCAAAUGGUUGUUAUUAGAAGACAUAGACAGCGCUGCUCUAGAUGUAGUCAGCGUUCUAAGCAACUUGAUGGAAACAGGAACACUCUGUGUACCCGGCUAUCGCGAUACCGUUUACGCCAAUAGUGGAUUUCAGUUGUUCGUUACUCGGCGAUUAAUGAUAUCAACCACGGGCAUUCAGAAGCAUGUCACAGGAUCUUUGAGUUUAUUGCAGAAACAUUGGCUGUGUCUAAACGUGGAACCUUUAUCCAAAGAUGAAUUAGUUAUUGUAGUCAAAACAUUAUUUCCAGUACUGAGCACUAUCGCUACUAGAAUAGUAGAUGUGUUCUUGUUGUUUUCUGUAGGACAUCAUGAUAGUGAAAAUGAUGCAAAUAAUGCUAUAGCAUCAUUAAAGAUUGGGCGACAGACAUCGACACGGGAUUUAAUAAAGUGGUGUUCCAGAGCUAUCAUCGAUUUUGAUGUAUCAUCGCCAAAUUCUGCAUUAAAAAUAUAUCAGGAUGCUUUGGAUGUCUUUUGCUAUUCGGUUCCUAAUGAAAACCAACGAUUAAACUUGGCCAAAAUGGUGGCUUGCAAACUCGGCAUUAUAGAGACUAAAGCAGAAUACUUCUGCAACUUCCACAAGCCUUCCAUAGAUUUGCAUUACAAUGUUCUGAUAGCGGGUAGAGUGCAGCUGCUUCGCAAGAAAGUGUCAUAUUCACAGAAAAUGUAUGAAAAUACCAAUUUUUCGUUUACAAGACUUUCUGCGUGUUUAUUAGAGCGCAUAGCUAGCUGCAUCAUGCUAAAAGAGCCUGUCCUGCUCGUCGGUGAAACGGGUACUGGAAAAACAAGUGCAAUACAAUAUUUGGCAAGGAGUACUAAUCACAAGUUAACAAUUAUAAAUAUGAAUCAGCAAAGUGAGAGUGUCGAUUUAUUAGGUGGCUACAAACCAAUUGAUUUAAAGGUCCACAUCUUACCUAUUCUAAAGGAAUUUGAGGAAUUGUUUCACUUUUAUUUUGUGGUAAAAUCAAACAAGAACUACUUAGAUAGCAUAACCUUGUGUUACGAGCAGCAGAAAUGGGAUAAACUUAUUGAUAAAAUGCUGAUAAGUACACAUUCUGGUGUAAGGAUACAGAAAGAAAGGCUAACAAAGUUAUUAGAAGAUUUUAAGCUUAAAAAAGAUGACGUGAUACAUUCCAGACUAAUCGAUCAUCUAAAUAUGCUGAAAAAGUGGAAGAAGAUACGGGGUAAACUUUAUAAACUGAAAGUUCAAGUGAAGAAUCAAUAUGCAUUCUCUUUCAUGGAAGGUAGUUUGAUCAAGGCUUUGCGGAAUGGCGAUUGGGUUCUCUUAGACGAGAUUAAUUUGGCGAGCGCGGAGACGCUGGAAUGUCUCUCCGGUUUGCUGGAAAGUUCUUCGGAGUCGCUGUUGUUGCAUGAGCACGGCGGAGGUGAGCCUGUGAAAAGACAUCCUGACUUCACAGUGUUCGCCUGCAUGAAUCCGGCUACAGACAUCGGUAAGAAAGAUCUACCGGUCGGUUUGAGGAAUAGAUUCACUGAGUUCUACAUUGACGAACUAACCGCAAUACCGGAUCUUCGGGUGCUCGUGAAUUCUUAUUUGAAAACUCUGCAUAUGCCUAUGAAGAUACACGAGGAGAUCGUGAAAUUCUAUUUGAAUGUGAGAAAGGAAGCUACGAACACGUUGUCCGACGGUACGGCGCACAAACCACAUUACAGUCUUAGGACUCUCUGUCGCGCAUUGUAUAUUUCUGCAUCGAAUCCGUGCGGCAAUUUUCAGAGAUCUGUGUACGAAGCUUUCUCUUUAAGUUUCCUGACGCAGUUAGAUUAUAACUCGUAUUCAAUUGUGCAGCAAAUGAUCACGAAAGCUAUCUUGCAUGAUCAGAACGUCAAAGCCUUCCUUGGCAAUCGCAUACCGAAUCCGAAGUGCAGUCUGAGCGAGGAAUACGUGUGUAUCGAAGGAUAUUGGGUUCUUCAAGGAAGUUUAACACCUGAAAUACCUAGCAAUUACAUACUGACUGAUUCCAUCAGUAGAAAUUUGAAAGACUUGGCGAGAGCGGUGUCGAUCGGGAAAAUCCCAGUUUUAUUACAAGGUGACACAUCGGUAGGGAAGACCAGUUUGAUUACUUAUCUGGCGAAGACUACAGGACAUGUCUGUGUCCGAAUAAACAAUCACGAGCAUACAGAUUUAGAGGAGUAUGUCGGAAGUUAUAUCGCGGACGAAACUGGUAAGCUGAUGUUCAAAGAAGGAGUUUUAGUUGAUGCAAUGCGUAAAGGAUAUUGGAUUAUUUUGGACGAGUUAAAUUUAGCCCCAAGCGAUGUCUUGGAAGCUUUAAAUCGAGUCCUUGAUGACAACAGAGAACUCUUCAUACCCGAGACGCAACAAGUCGUGAAAGCGCACAAACAUUUUAUGCUAUUCGCUACACAGAAUCCUCCUGGUCUUUACGGCGGUCGAAAAGUUCUAUCCCGAGCGUUCAGAAACCGAUUCGUAGAAUUACACUUUGAUGAGAUACCGCCGAAUGAAUUACAGACAAUACUUCACAAGAGAUGCCAUAUGCCCGAGUCAUAUUGCAAACAAAUAAUUAAUGUAAUGACGGAGCUUCAAAUAAAACGUAAAAGUACAGCAACUUUUGCUGGUAAAAAGGGAUUUAUAACUUUGCGAGAUCUGUUUCGUUGGGGUGAGAGGUAUAAAUUAGCAAAAGUAAACAACAAAUUUUACGAUUGGAAUCAACAUAUGGCGGACGAAGGUUACCUCGUUCUCGCAUCUAAAGUCCGCCGAGCGGAAGAAGCGGACCAGAUAAGACAAGUACUAAAAAAGCAUAUGAAGAAAGACGUGGUACCUGACCAUUUGUUCACACUAAACGACAAGACUUCGCCUGUAACGAGACACAUUUUGGAGGAGAUCUUGAACAACAAGAUCUCGGGCUUCGAUCACAUCGUGUGGACUUAUCAUAUGCGUAGAAUGGCGGUAUUGGUAAAGAAAUCUUGCCAAUUCAAGGAACCGGUGCUUCUAGUCGGCGAGACCGGCGGAGGCAAAACGACUAUCUGCCAAUUGAUCGCCGCUAUUAACGGUCAAACUAUGCGUAGCGUUAAUUGUCACAUGCACAUCGAAUCAUCUGAUUUUCUGGGAAAUCUACGACCAGUUCGAGAGAGGACCGAAGGUGAUCAGAGGCUCUUCGAGUGGGUGGACGGUUCUCUGAUAAAUGCAAUGCGUAAUGGCGAUCUGUUUUUAGCCGAUGAAAUCUCAUUGGCCGAUGAUAGCGUUCUGGAGCGAUUAAAUUCAUUGUUGGAACCGGAACGUAGUCUUCUAUUGACCGAGAGAGGAAUCGAAUCCUCACAUGGUGAAGAAAACGCUGUAAUCGUGGCGGACGAGAAAUUUGUAUUUAUUGGUACAAUGAAUCCCGGCGGUGAUUACGGUAAGAAGGAGCUCUCGCCGGCCUUGCGGAAUCGCUUCACCGAGGUGUGGUGCGAAGGAUGUAUGGCAAGGAGCGAUUGGCACGACAUAAUAGUGCACAAUCUCCGCGUCGAUUCGCAACAGACGAGAGAGUCCAUCGCCACCGCGAUAUUGAGAUUCACUGAAUGGUUACACACGACCGAAGUGGGCAAGAAGCUUACCGUGAGCAUACGAGAUGUGCUCACUUGGGUCGAUUUCAUAAACAUAUGCACUCAAUGCGAUGCACUCAUAUCAAGACUGACAGUCGGAGAAGCGUAUUAUCACGGUGCUUGUCUCACGUACAUCGAUAGCCUCGGAUCCGGCUGCACAGGCUCGGAAAGCAAUAGCAAAUUGAGGGAUUUUACAAAGGCAGCUCUCCGAUUUAUUAAAUCAGAAGUUGAAAAUACUAUAAGAUCUGAUCUUGAUAUGGAAACCUCUCGAGUAAACGAAAAAGUCGUUAUGGAUGAUUCGGACGUAUUUGGCAUAUCGCCUUUUUAUAUCAAGAAAGGUCCGCACAUCUCUUCCGAAAAUAACGUUUUUACAUUUACAACUCCCGUUACAAAGCUGAAUACGUUGAAACUGUUAAGAGCAUUGCAAUUGAGUAAACCGAUCCUGCUGGAAGGAAGUCCAGGUGUAGGAAAAACCAGUCUGGUUUCCGCACUCGCCAAAGCCGCAGGACAGACUUUGCUUAGAAUCAAUUUAAGCGACCAAACGGACGUAUCCGAUUUGUUUGGCGCCGAUCUUCCCGUAGAAGGUGGAAAAGGUGGUGAAUUCGCAUGGCGAGAUGGGCCGUUUUUGCAAGCUUUGCGGGCCGGAUAUUGGAUCUUACUCGAUGAAUUAAAUCUAGCUUCGCAAUCGGUCCUGGAAGGCCUUAACGCCUGCUUCGAUCAUAGGGGAGAGAUAUACAUUCCCGAACUAGGGAAGACGUUCUCGGUUAAACCUGGGACAAGGUUGUUUGGCUGUCAAAAUCCCUUGCGGCAAGGGGGAGCCAGACGAGGAUUACCGAAGUCUUUUUUAAAUAGAUUUACUCAGGUUUUCGUAGAGGCAUUAAUGGAGGACGACUUGAAAUUUAUACUUAAUGUGCAAUUUCCACAAGUUCCCGUAGACUUGAUCAAUAAUAUGGUACAAUUCAAUAGUAAAUUAACAUCGGAAAUUGGCGUUGUGUGGGGACACGCCGGAUCUCCGUGGGAAAUGAAUCUGCGAGAUAUCACUCGAUGGUGUGAGACAACUAUCAAAGCUGCUUUUAACAAAUUUCGUGGCGAUAAACAGUAUUUUAAUCCGGGUGAUUGUAUGGAACUUAUUUAUGUUAAUAGAAUGAGGACUAAUGAAGAUCAGCAAAAGAUCUAUCAUAUAUAUCAAGAAAUGUUCUCGCUCGAAAAAUAUCCGCUCCCACCUAAUCAACUGCCGAUGUACAUCACGGCAGAUAAACUUUUUAUCGGCGAUGUAACAUUGAGACGGAAAAAUUGCUGCGCAGAUGAGGAAUGCAAUUUGUUAGUACUCAGAGAUCAGAGAACGGUAUUAAAGAGCCUUAUGCAAUGUGUUAAGAUGAAUUGGAUGUCUAUACUUGUUGGUCCUUCAGGUUGUGGGAAGAGCAAUGUGGUUCGUCUACUUGCUGCUUUAACGGGUCAGAAGCUGAGGUCAAUAGCUGUGAACUCUGCGAUGGACACGACAGAGAUAUUAGGUGGCUUCGAACAGACGGAUUACAAUCGACAUCUCGAGCAACUAUUUGAACGCGUAACGGCUCUGCUUAUCGAUAGCUUGCAAACGAAGAUAACCAUCGACAAAUUGGAGCAAGUUGUUGAACUUCAUAAGCAUUUGGAACAAGUGCGACAUUUAUUUGAUGAAAAUGUCACCGGUAAAACAAUGGCAGCGGAAAGCGAGCUAUUUUUAAAUAAAAUCAAGGAAUUGUUAAUAUUGGUAUCAGCGAUCAAGUCUUGGGAACCUUCCCGCGAAUCGGAAUUACGAGAUAUCGAGUCAAGAUUGGAAAGUCUAUCGAUUUCUGUCAAAGAGGAUAAAUGUCUGAAUGCUGGCGGAAAAUUUGAAUGGGUGGAUAGUGUAUUAGUAAAGUGUUUGCAAGAUGGCACUUGGCUACUCAUCGACCAAGUUAAUUUAUGCAGCCCCGCUGUAUUAGACAGACUUAAUGGACUGUUAGAGCCAAACGGUGUUCUCAGUAUCGGUGAGCGGGGUGUUGAUAGUGAAGGCAAUGUCGUCACCAUUAAGCCACACGAAAAUUUCCGUUUAUUUCUAACUAUGGACCCUCGAUACGGCGAAAUUUCCAGGGCCAUGCGUAAUAGAGGCGUUGAAAUUUACAUGUUUGGUCCGAAGGAGAACAUCUAUGAUGAUGCGAUCGAUCUCAAGUCGCUGCUAUCUAAUGCUGGUAUCCUGAAAUCGACACAACGCGAUGCGUUACUCGAGAUUUACGAGAUCAUGUCGAAAGAGAUGAUCGCGGUGGACCGAUUCAGUGCGGUCGAUUUGUUACACACCGCGUUCCUGGUGAAGCAACGAUCCUUGCGCGGGUUCCCCGCGGAGCUAUCAAUCAGAAAUGCAUGUAUCGACGUCUAUAUAAAAGCUAGACCAAUGCGCGAUCCGCGAUUCAGAGAACAUCUGAUUUCUCUGAUCGAUGAAAUCAUCGAACGGCAUGUUGCCAACAAUGAAGAGAUGGUCGCUGUGAUCGAUAUGGAUGCCGCCACGUGGAGCGUAAAAAAUCUGCAAGAUAAUUCGAGACUCACUAUAAUCAGACAGCAAGGUUUACUAUUCAAGGCGGCUCUCCAAAUGUACGAAUUAGGUCUAAAACAUAUUCCAGAAAAUAUUGAAAGAAAUAUUGUUACAUCGAAAUUAUUAAAUGACUUUUGCGGUCUUAAAGAGGAUGAAGAAUAUGUAAUGAACGUUGACGUCACUGAGAUAUUGCCAUAUUUUCUGUUGAAUUUUUAUGAACAAUCCUCGCGAGACGAUGCGCCUCUCAGGAAGGAGUGGAUCUCGAAGAUACUACGAGAACACGCAGUAUUUAACGAACUUGAGAAACAAAGCGCAUUAAUAGCGAAUAUAAUCAUAUUAUUUCGCUUUCGUUCUGCAAACGUAAAAAAUUUGCCUUGGGAUUUGUGGCAGCUUGUUGGAAGAAUGACAUAUGAUGAAGACAAUAACGCUUGCAAUGACGCAAAUAAAUUAUUACUGCUAUUGUACGCGCGCAGUAUGGUACUCACAAAUGACAUAACGAAAGCGGAAAUAUUACAGAAUAAAAAGGCAAUAUCUGUCAAACAAUAUUCCAGCAUUGUACAUCACGGUAAGCUAUUCUCGCAAUUGAAGAACCAACCGCUUAUAACAUAUUUCGUGCAAUUCAUUGAACGAGCGAAUUCUUACAUCGAGGCAAUUCUACAAGAUAACGAUAUAAGCGUGAACCCCGAAGAAUUCGUAGAACUGAGGAAGGAGUUAAAAUGGUACACGAGAUUCGAGAGGCUGGGCGAAACGACAUUAAUAAACAAGUUGAAAAAGUCUAAAAGCAUAUUCACGAAUCUAGAACAAAUCUCUUCGUUGCUAAAUGUGCACUAUAAGUGGCUGUUAAAGUUCUUGCGCAAACUAUCAACAAUAGCCGGACAGUUUCCGAAUGAGAAGACUGCGAGCGAGAUCGAGUUGUGGGAGAUCGUAUCCCAAAUAAACAACCAACUGGAUUCGGUGUACGAUCCUAUCAAAAAGAUAUCGAAAAGAGUCAAAAAGUACUUAACACUUCCACCGCCUCACUCUUCAGAGAUCUGCAUGAAAGUGCACUCGGGGCUAAGAAGACUAACGAAAGAUUUCAACAUAAGAAAUGAAAACGGCAUGGUCCUUCUAAAACAAGAACUGAAGAUCAUAUCCGUGCAACUAAAGGACGCGCUGGCGAUGAGACAUCAAAUGAUCUCUCUGUGGAGCGAUGUUUAUUCAAGGAAACCGAUCGAAGAGAUGACGAGCAUCGUCGAGGUGGAGCGAUUCUGCGACGAGAGCCACAUUCGUCUACAAGUUUCCGCGGAUAUCGAGAACGUUCGAAACAGAGUGCGCUCACUUCCAGAGGAGGAAAUGACACAGUUGAACGCGAAGAUACAGUUGUGGCCGAUUCACGAGUACGUCUUUAUGUCGUUCGCCUGUAUUAUGCAGGCAGAGAUAUGUCGGGAAGGAACGAUUUCCACUACCACCUCGACGGAAUGUCUCGCGAGAUUCGCAGAUAUGCCUAGUAUACCGAGCAAUUUGAUCGGCUUGCUGAACGCGAUGACUCGAACGGAGAUCGAAUGUACACAGAAGAUCUUGUUGCUACCGGAAUUGUUCUGUCAGCUCGAGCAAUUCGCUCGGCAAUCUCACGCUUUCAAGAAUACAAACCGCCUUUUACACUGGCGUGGUAUAACGGAAGAGGAUAUAGACAGAUCACAAACUUCCUAUGCCGAGUGCAAGACGGAAAGCUACUUCGGCGGGGCCGUUCUCUUAAAUCUAGUGCUGCAAUUAAUGUUAAACAAAACAAAUGGAGAGAAGGAAAGAAAGAAUGUACUUUCAUCAAUCGCGCUCGGAACAUAUAUGGCGCAAAUGGAUCAAUUGCAGCUGCUAAAUGAGAUUUUAUGGCGGAAUAGUAUUUCGUUAACAAACAAACCAUAUGAUUUUAUCAGCAGUGACUUGAUAACAUUAAAGUUUUAUUUACGCUUGUACUUAUCCGCAAUCGAUAGAAUGAACGCCGAAAAUGAUGUACCUGAUUUAAUUGCGAAUGUUAUAGAGAAACAAGGUGGAAGUAGCGCGACUGCCAUAAGAAAUAGGCUGCAAACUGAUUAUUUCCAACCGGUAGAAGAAUUCCGUAGAGCGUGCGACGAGAUAAAUAGCAUCGAUGAGACAAGUGUCGGUAAAGAGGAAGAUAUAAUUCAACGAGGGAGAGCGUGGAUAUUGCUCGGUUAUAUUCAGUUACUACUUUUUGGAAAGUUAGAUCUGAUCGAUCCCGUGUACAAGGUGGAACUGAAGCUCAAAUAUCUAGAGGAGGACGUCGCCGAUUGCAGAAAAAUGAUAUAUGUUACAUCGUUACAGAAUCGUAUUCUAGGAUUAUCAGCGGAGAACGAACACGCUCAUCCCAGACUUGUAGCCGUAAAAAAUUGCGAAAGAAAUUCGCUGAAGACGAGAGACAAACUCAGCUAUUUGAAAGCAUUCAGAUCACCAUCCGUCGAUUUUGCUUCGCUCAGCAACGACUGUGCCAAUUUUACAAAUCAAGUAGGUUCCUACAAGAUGGUGGAGAAGCACAUGAGUAACCUAUGCGCGAUCGCGAGUCAAGAAUGCAAAUCGACCAAUCUUUUGACCUUCAACACCGUUAUAAAAGAAGCGGAAACUUGGAGUUUGUCGGUGCAAAGAUUCGCCGCGCAAAUUGAGGUAAAGUACUUCUCGGUUUACCCAGAUAUAAUUCUUCCGCUGCUGGCGGCCUUGACACAAUUGAGUCACGGUGUUGAUGUGCUGAUCAACGAAAUUCGACGACGGCUAUCUCUCCAUACAAAUGGAGUGUCCGAUCCCGAAGCUUUGAUAUACAACUUGAUCCGGUUUCCGACGAUCGGUCAAGGACAGGAGAGCCUUUUGAACCUGAGUGAUUUGUGCGUUUCCAGAAGCACGAGAAGUUUGAUUGAAAAUUCGGACGCGUUUGUCAGAAUGCAGAAGCAGUUCCGAAUAUUUAAGUCAGGUUUGCAUGAACUUCACAACCAUGUGAUUCUCAACAGAGGUCUGACCAAGUCACUGUGGCGAGAGGUGAACGAGUUGCUGCAGCAAAUAGUCCUAAUUUGGAAGCAACAGCAACAAGAGGAGGAGAGACGAGCCGUGGAGAGGGACAGUCUAUACAAGAACAAGAUCGAAAGUCAUGGAAAUACGUUGACUGAAGAGCAAGAACUCGCUCUGGAAGUCCGCAAGCUAUUUCCCACGCAUCGCGAAAGAGAUUUUCACGACAUAGAGGACGGUUCACAGUCUUCUCUCGAUCGGAAUAACGCGUUGCCGACCGAAUCAAACAAAUCGGAAUCGACCUUUAGCGGUCUCAUCACCAAGGAUGAUAUCAAGGAGAUUCAAGAGAUCCACUCAGACAUCGUUACGUCCUUCAUCACGACCAAGUGGAUAUGUAACAGUUCCACUUUGGUGUGCUCGACGGAUUAUGUCGGACCUCUAAUGCAGAGGUAUAAUACUGUAUACGAAAUACUCGAUCAUGUACUACCGAGUUUGAGCGAAGGACUCGCGAUUAAACUAUACAACAGCUUGAAUCUCCUAGUCACUUUGGGGCUGCAAGCGAAUGAAGAGAAGAGCGCGGAUCGAAUUUUACGUGAGAACAUUGGAGUGCAAACAAAAGCGCACGAUUUCUAUAAGGAAUGCAACAUCAAGGAAACAAAACAGUGUCUGCCGUUGUGCGAAAAGAUUUUAAAUCGCGUUAAUCAGCUGUUGGAAGAAUGGCCAGAGCAUCCCGCCCUAAGAUCGAUACGAUGUAUAAUAGAGAGAAUCUAUACGUUCUCGAUCACGUCGCCUAUCUCCAGGUUCCUGACGGGUCUCGAGCUGCUGCUUGUCAAGAUGAAGCAAUGGGAGGAUAACGCACAUAGCGGCGUUAGUAUGGGAGACUAUAUACCCGCGUUGACGCAGCAAAUAAUAUCGUGGAGAAGAUUGGAAUUGUCUUGUUGGAAAGGUUUGCUCGACGCGACGUUUGAAGAUCUUAGAUCGAACACGUCCAAAUGGUGGUUCUUCCUAUAUGCGUUGAUUGAGAGUUACAUCAGGAGAUCCGCGAGGAGUGACAUCGAACGUCUGAACGCGAACGACGAGUUUGUCACUAAGGAAAAGUUGAUGGAAUCGCUGGAGCGUUUCAUGAACGAGUCAUCUCUUGUCGAGUUUGAAUCGCGAUUAAAUCUCCUCUUGACGUUCCAUUGUCAUGUGUAUUAUUUCGACGACAGUGACGUAAAGAACGAACUCUCGGCUAUAUUGUGGAACAUGUACAAUUAUUAUAAACAAUUCAUGGACGACGUAAACGCGAGAAUCGCCGCAUUGAGAACGCCCAUCAAGAAGAAACUGGAGAAUUACGUUAAAAUUGCGCGAUGGAAUGAUAUCAAUUACUGGGCAGUGAAGGAAACAGUCGAAAAGACGCAUCGUACUCUACAUAAGUAUGCGAAGGAAUUUCAGAGCGCUUUGAAACAGAGCGUGUCUUCUUGUUUGAUCGUCAAGUCAAAAUCUUAUAGUAUAGAGAUCAAACAACAAGGCGUCUGGGAUGUUCAAGAACAUCACAAAUAUAUGACCAAUCUUGAAGAUUUUAUCACAGAGAAACCUCCGCGAUCUGUAGAGGUAAAAACGCUGUUUACAAACGGACUUAUCAUGAAAGCAGAUACGUUGCUGACGACGGCCAAGGAUCUAUGUAAAAAGAUAAUCCUGACAAGUUCUUAUCCGUGUAUACGAUCAGAACUUGAGAAAUUUGUCAUGAACUUCAUGGAGCAGAGCGCGCGUCUUCGAGACAUGGAUAUUGACAGAAGUUUGCCAAAGGGCAAACAAAAAUCUCAGGCGAAGAGUAUCUUGCAGCAGAAGAGAAUGACGCUCGCCAAUUAUUUCAAGGCAUUGACUCAAAUGGGUGUAUCCUAUCGUAUCGGUGCAUUAACAUUGAAGAACAACGCGGACAAGGUAAUAGAUUACACAGUGUCACCCUUGAAUCUAUCCGCAAUCGAUCAAUAUUUCAAAUUGAAAAAGAUAGACCAGCACAUGUUGACGCAAUGGCAGGGCUGCGAGAAGUAUUAUUACAAGUCUCUUAUCAGAUUAAAUGCUCUCAACGCGAUGCUCAGCACAAGCCAAACCGACCUGGGGUUGCAAAAUAUGGAACGUUGUCGAGGAUAUUCCGCGCACAUGAUGCUGAUGGCUAACAAACAGAAGAUGACAAUAGCACGAUCGUUUGAUCGGUUUUCAUCGCUACGCAUACAGAUUUCAAAUCUAUCCGAAAUACGCAAGCAAGAUCUGAAUAUAUCGAAGCAACGCGAUGGCCAAGAUUGCGCAAAGAGCUUGAAGACAUUACUGAUAACGUUGGAAGCUGGAUUCGAGCAGCUGCUGCUGUUUCUGCAAUGCUGCCCCGCAGAAUCACCAGCGGAUUCGAAUAGAGCCGUGCUCACCUUACACGCGAACGCACUUUCUAUAAUUGCCGUCUCUCGAAUUGACGAAGUUUGGAGGAAUGCGAACACAUUGUUGGAGAAUAGCUUAAAAUCUGUAAAAGCAACCGCAAAAUGUUUCCACGCCUUAUUCAUGCCGUUUGAAAUAUUAUCAGUAGAUCAUUCCAUCCAUGCUUUAUUAAGUUCGAAACACUUUGAAUUCUUGGAGCAAUGCUACGCAAUGAUUGAAGAUCUAAGAAUGCGAUCUAAAGAACUGAAAAAAAUGUUUGAGAGCUCGAAUGUUAUACAUCCUAUCUGGGAAAAUAUAGCGUUCUUGGAUACGAAGAUGGAAUGCUUUCUUCAUAACUAUGAUGAAAAUUUACGAAAAUCCGAAGAAGAUAAAGAGCAAUUAAAAGAAAAUAAUAACGCUGUGGAGCAAUACGAAUUAGCACUGGAACAUUUAAUAAACACGAUAUUGCUUAUCAUACAAAAAAAAUACAAGAAUCAUAUUAAUUUGAACGAUAUGGUACACGCAAGCGAGACACCAAAUGAGGAAGAUAAUGAAAAUGAUAAAGAUAUAGAGAGAAAAAUAGAAGAAAAUGGAUUAAACGAAAAACUAGUUGAAUUCCUUGAGCGGGAUAUAACCGAAUUAAAAUUAUGCAAAGUAUCCAAUUCAUUUUUCAAUCUUCUACUAUCGAUACGUGAAUUCGACCUACAAUCAGCAAAUUAUUGUACCGGAUUGCUCCUAAAAUGUUUACCACUGCUGGAACAAUAUCUCUUGUUUGCCCAGUUUUAUUUAUGUGAACAAGUGGCGUCAUUCCGCGUCACGUGUAAAAUGCUAUAUCUGCAAUUAAAUGUCUUCCUGGACCUGGCUGCAAAUGGAUUUUGCGUGCCAAAAGAUUUAGACCUUGAGGAAGGUGAAACAGAUGAAUCGGGCGAAAAGACAGGAAAAGGCGGGAUGGGCUUAGCUGAUGGUGAAGGAACGAAAGACGUCUCCGAUCAGAUAGAAUCCGAGGAUCAGCUUGAGGACGCAAGACCCGCAGAUCAAGAGCAGGAGAAACAGGACGAUAAGAUUUGUAAGGAAGAGGAAAAGGGAAUUGACAUGUCCGAGGAUUUCGAUAGUAAACCUCAGGAUAUAGAGAAAAACGAUGAUGAUGAAGAACAGAGCGACGAUGACGAAAAUAAUGAUUUGGAUAAAGAAAUGGGAGAGACGGGAGAAGAUGCUGAACAGCUUGAUAAACAAAUCUGGGGUGACGAUAAAGAAGAAUCCCAAGAUGAUAAUCAGCAGCCAGAGAACGAAGAUGAAAAGGAAGGAACGGGUGAACGAAUCGGUGAAAAGGAAAUGGGUGCAAAAGAUGACGAAGACAAGAGAAAACAGCAUGACGAUAACGAUGCGAAUCACGAUGAAAGUCGAGAAGAGGAAAAUAAAAAGGAAAUAAAUGAACUGAACGAGCCAGAGAUAGAUGAAGAUCAGAUUAAUCCUUAUCACGGAAAAUUCCAACCUCAACCCGAACCUCAACAACUGGAUCUACCAGAAGAUAUAAAUUUAGAUGAAGACGAUAAGGAAGAUAAGGAAGAUCAUGGCGAAGAGGAGAAUCCGUUCGAUAUCGAUGAGAUGAAGGAUCUUAAACCGUCGCCAGAGAAGAUGGAUGUGGAAUUUGAGAAAGAAACUGAGGAAAAUAAAGAAAACGAUCCCGAAAAGGAGUCUAGCGAGGACGAAGACGAGAACUGUGACAGUAUGGACUUGGAUGGACAAAAAACACAGGAAGAGCUCGAAACUAAUCAGGAAACUAAAGAGAACGAUAAAGAAAAUGCGGAAACCGAAAACAAAGAUGAGGAGCAAAAUCGAGAUGAAGAAGCGGAAGAGAAGUUGCAAGAAAAGGCAGCGCCAAGUGCAGAUGAUGCGAGCAAGCAAAUGGAUUCUACGCAACAAGUUGAAGAAAUGACGGAAGGUUCGCGGGAUACAGUGGCACAACAGUCGGAUCAGGCCAAAGAUCAGCAGGAGAUGUCAGCCGAAAAUACUCAAGAGGAUAGUAACGAUAACGGCACCGGUCAAUCGGAGUCAGCGCAGCAAGAAAGCGGGCAUUCAGGGUCGUCCAAGCAGGAAACUAUUCCCGCUUCGCAGAGAAACACUAUGACAAAAUCAAUCGAGAAGAGAAAAAACCCAGGCAAGAGCAACGAAGAUCGCAGUUUGCCGGACAAAUUCGAGCCAGCGUUGAAAAAGUUGAAAACAAUCUACACGCAGGACGAAGUAUCGAAGGAGGAGAAAGAGGAUAAUUCAGACAACACUGAUGGAGACAAGGCCGAGAUGGCUAAACACGUAAAGGAUUCCGAGAGAUUCGACGAUUACACACUCGACGCCGCGACAGAGGAUCAAGUCAGGCAACAAGUUUCUAACACAGAUAAAGAAAAAGAGGAUCAGGAAGAGAAAAAGGAUGAUGCUAUAGUGGAAAUGCACGAAGACGAAGAAAAUAACAUGGCAGAUAAUAAAAUAAAAGAGCAAAGACCGGAAAAGAUUUCCGACACUCCAAACGAUAAACACAAGGAUUCCGAUGGUAAAAGAAACAACAUUGAGAAUAAUCAGGAGACGACGGUUGAGUUAGAAGGGGAAAUAGCGGAGACUAUGAGGGUACAGAGAGGAAAUGAGACUAUAUUUCAUACAAUGGAAUGGAAUGUGGAAGAAAAUAAUUUUGAUUCUAGUUAUACGGAGAGAAAACGAUUAGAAAUAGAAAAAAUGUUAGCCGAGUGGACGCAGAUACCAUCCACGGAAGAAGCUACAGCCGCGUGGAAUUGUUUAUGUUCGGUCACGGAUGCAGCCGCUCGAGAUUUAUCGGAGAAAUUGAGACUGGUUUUGGAGCCUACGCAGGCAUCAAGAUUGAGGGGUGAUUAUAAGACAGGCAAACGCAUUAAUAUGCGGAAGAUCAUUCCAUACAUAGCCAGCCAAUUUCGUAAGGAUAAAAUCUGGCUCAGGCGCACAAAGCCCUUUAAACGUGAUUAUCAGAUUAUUCUCGCAUUGGACGAUUCCAGCAGCAUGGCAGAUAAUCAUUCUAAAGAAUUGGCCUUCGAAUCUCUAUCGUUGAUUAGCAAGGCUAUGACAUAUCUGGAAGUAGGGCAACUUAGUGUUGUAAGCUUUGGAGAACAAAUGAAAAUAUUACAUCCUUUGGGAGAAGCUUUCACAGAACAAAGUGGAUCUAGGCUAAUACAAGAAGUGAGAUUUGAUCAAAGAAAAACGAUGAUUGGUCAAUUGGUCAAUUCUAUAGUGGAGAUGUUUGAAAAUCAAUGUACCUCAUCCGACAAUGCUAAGCUGUUAGUAGUAUUGUCAGAUGGCAGAGGAAUAUUUUCAGAAGGAAAAAAAAUCGUAAAUGAAGCCAUAAGGAGAGCUAAACUGGCAGACAUCUUUCUAGUGUUUAUAAUAGUUGACAAUCCAAUGAACAAGGAUUCUGUAUUGGAUAUUCGUAUACCUAUAUUUGAAGAUACGAAAGUCAGAUUUCAAUCGUACAUGGAUAACUUUCCAUUUCCAUUCUACAUAAUUCUUAGAGACAUAAACACAUUACCGGGUGUUCUGAGCGAUGCCUUACGCCAAUGGUUUGAAGUAGUUGGAAAAAUGGAUACUUAAAGUAAUUUUAAGCAUUAGAAAAUUAGUUUUAGAAAUUUGUUAUAUUCACAUAUAUGUUCUUAAUUACUAAGUAUAUGUAUAUAUGUACCAGAAAUUGUGAUAAGAAACAAACUUUAGUGUGACUUUAAAUAAUAAAAACUUAUCAUUUGCAAAUCUUAUAACGCUACAUUAAACUUAAUUACAUUGCAAAUAGUUAAAGUGAAUAAUCAGACUGUAUUUAAGUUUUUUUGCCAUUUUUUAGCAUUUUAUAUCUUAAAUCUAAGUUAUUUUGUUUAAUCUUGUCACAUUUUACACAUUUUUUCAAUAAUAUAUAUCAUGAAAAUCAUGCUUAAAGUUUGUUUGUUUGUCUGUUUUUUUAUUUUUUUUAUUUUUUAUUUUUUAAUUGAUUUAAGCUGAUAUAUAUAUAUAUACAUAAAAAUUUGUCACAUAAAGGAUUUGACAAUAAAGACUCAGCAAUUAAGAUAAGAAGAGAGCGCUUGAAUAUAAUAAAUAAUUUAAUCACCAAAUCUAUAGAGAUACUAAGAAAACUUAUAAAUACAAUAAAAUUCCGUUUUUCUAAUCAGAA